UGAUGUUGCGAGUGGCCACCAGGUGGCGGCGCUGAACCUUCUCCGAGUCCCACGGACCAAAUCUGGAAAUGUGAGCGACUCUCCCCCAGUCUGCGAGCGAUUAAGGCGCUGAGAGACGGACUCGGAACCGCAGAAGAAUUAACGGAGCCCCCCCAGUCCAGCCGGAGGAUGUGAGCCGGUGCCGCCCCCGGGUGAGUGAGCAGGUCCCUCCGGAGUGGGUUGAGUUUGGUUCCUGUGUGCGACCCCCGCGACCCCAGGCUCAGAAUGUCCCAGGUUCUUCCCUUCAGUGAAGCGGAUCAGAGGGGUCACUAUGCGGACGGAGGAGGAGACAAGGCCGGGCAGAUCCCAAUCACGUGUCGCCUCCAGGACACCGGCAACUUCUAUGGCAGCUCCGGCCAGGGGGGAGGCAAGAGACCCCCCAAACUGGGACAGAUCGGCCGCAGCAAGAGAGUAGUGAUAGAAGAUGAGGGGAUCGACGCGGUUCUCACGCUCCCGGAAAAGGCCCCUCCCGCUGUUUAAAUCCUUCACCGAACUUCUCACCGUCCAAGUAUGAAAGGAAAAGGCAGAGAGAGGAAUGGGAUUGGCUGCCCGGGAAACUGAAUGAAAUUCGGGGGGUUUGCUGGGCUCCCCGUCUCCGACUGAGAAGAACAAUAGACACAAAACACUUUAAAGGGAAAAAUAAGAAGAAAAAAAGGGUGAAAUAAGUAAAAAAAACAAAAGACCAAUCAGCAGGCGGAACCCAAAACACAAAGACUGUGCAGCAGCAGCCGCCAAGAUUCUGGUUCCAUCUCUCUGUGACCCACCUGUGACCAAUCCACUGAUCCGGAGACACGGAAUUGUACCAACAAGGGGAAUCACGGUGUGUCGGACAGUCGGGGUGGGGGGUGUAUAAAAAGCAUGAGGGGGCUUCCAUUAUUUUUUCUGGUUGAGGGACGAAUCAGCCAAUUGGAUUUUGUUGGGAUAAAACGCGCGGAUCCCGAUGGCCACCCCACAGCGCUUUGUGCAUAGGAUGUAAGCCAAAGAAAGGGACUGGGAGACUGAUGAUGCUGGGAGAUGUAGUUUCAGCCAGUGGCAUAACUAGAAUUCGCUGGGCCCUACUUUUUAGGGGCACCCCCUCAUUCCCAUCCCCAGGAUCCAAUUGGCACUUCUAUUAAAACUGUGCAUCGAAGUCAGAACCUGCUCUACUCCUCUCCAGUCCCCAGCAGCUGCUGCUUUGUGCUUCUCUGCAGAACUACAUCUCCCAUCAACCCCCGCAACCACCUCAGCAGGCAGGGAGUUGUAGCCCAGCAAUUGUAGCACUGCAACCGACUCCUCCCUGAGCUUAAACCUAGACGAGUUUUGCUUUGGUCCAUUCCCAGUGGCCGAUUUACACCCUCCCCACCCCCACACCAUGGCUUUGGAAAAUACCCAAUGGAUACGCUGCUUGGGAAACUUAUUUGCUUACAUGCAUGGCAUGGGGAUGCUGGGAGUUUUAUAGACGCCAAGGUCACGGGGGUGUGAUCUGUGUAACAGAAACACUGUGCGCAUUUAUACGUGAAAGGGAGCUGCCAUGUUGCUUACCUGAGUUAUAUGUCAUAGACUAGUAGCAACAGCGCUCCCAGUGGUCAGAUAAAUCACACCAAGGUAAGCAGUAUGGCGGCUCACAUGUAUAAAUGUAAGGGAAACUGAAUAAAUGCUUUGCUUAUAAAUAAGGUCUACUUCCCCUUUAAAAAAAAUUAACAAAAAUUUUAAAAAAAAGUUGUUAAAGGGGAAGUAAACCUGAUUUAGAAGUGAAUGAGUGAUGCUGAACUAUGCCAUGCUGUGGAAACCUAUGUCAGGGGGGGGAAGUCAAUGUUAGCUGCUGUUUAACCCCUCCAGUGCUGGAAGGAUUUGAAGACCGACCCACUAGGAGGGGGGGGGAGGGUGGUUUAAUAAAAAUACAAAAGUUGCGGCAGCUCAGUACAUUUAUAACAAGAUUGUUGGAAACUGCUGUUUUUUGAACGUUAUGUGAAUUCCUGGCGGGGAGCAGGGGGCCCCUUAGGGCCCCUACUCCGCUCCCUAAAUUGUUUACAUGAUUUAAACUUGCAAAAAAAAAAAUCUCCCGGAUUCUAUAAAUAUAUUGCUCUAUAAAUAUAUAUAUUCCUAUCUGUGCACCUUUUGCAUGCUGAGAUCGUUUUGACAUGUUCUCCGACGGAUAGAAUCAUUUUUAGCCGUGCAAUACUGCGUGUAUGGGGGGAGGGGCGGGGCAAUAUGGAGGUUUGUAAAGGAUUUUAAAGGAAAGAGAAUUAUAAUUUGUAUUUAAACUAAACAGAUUUAAUGCUGUUUCUUUGGGUUCUGGUUGGCGAGAGGUUUUUCUUUAUUUUGUCCUUUUUUUUAUUAUCUUAAAGCUGGACUAGGGUAGCCCCGACACGUUUAGAACUGGGGCAGAUAUUAAAUCCGCAUUCCCAAAUGUCUCUGCUCCUGCAGCAUCAGAUGCAUUUACUUACAUGGGUCGCCCAUGAAAAGGCAAAUUAACAUUUGGAUGCAUGGCUGCAUUUAUUUCUCUGCAGUCUGCAGCAUGCCUCUUAAACCAGUCUGUCCUUACACGGGCCGCUAUUGGCUUCUGAGCAAGCUGGCAGCUUAUUGGCCUGUACACGUGUGAGGGUCAAUAUGUGAUCAUGGCUUAUUUAAAUCUGAAUUAGAAAUUCUGCAGUCCAUACUGGUUUUUAUGCAGUGUGCUAACUAGGCAUUCAAAGUGUGCAGUUGCAUUUUCUGUAUAUGCAUCAUGGGAUGUCACAGCUGUGGCCCUCCUGCUUCAUCUACUGGAGGGGUGCAGGUUGGAUUUCCCUAGUGUCGGAGUGGGGAGCUGGGGCCCAUUGGGGCUUCCAUAUCGGGGGCCCCCCAGACCCCCUCCAGCAGAAGGGAGGUCAGUAGGCAGCAUGUCUCAGGCAGGUAGUGGGUCUGGUUUGGGUCAGCAGGGCCCCACAGGUAUUUUUUACCAGUGUCCUGCCAGCCCAGUCCGACCCUAGACUUCCCAGAAUGCCUUGCUGCUUCGCCGGGGCCCCAUCUCUAUUUUUGUGCCUAAUGUAAGUAAAUGCAUGCAGCCCGGUUGCACCAGAGAGCGCAGGGAUUUACUAAUGCCACGCAGCACAGGAUUUUAUAUGGGGGGCUGAGCUGAUACCAGAAAGGACACAAAAAUACCCUCAAAUGUAAUCACUCGGGAUGCACCGAAUCUUUUUUUUUGGAUUCGGCCAAACCCCUAAAUCCUUCGCGAAAGAUUCAGCCGAAUACCGAAUUUGCAUAUGCAAAUUAGGGGUGGGAAGGGGAAAACAUUUUUUACUUCCUUGUUUUGCGACAAAAAGUCACUUGAUUUCCCUCCCCGACCCCAAUUUGCAUAUGCAGAUUAGAAUUCGGAUUUGGUUCGGCCGGGCAGAAGGAUUCGGUGCAUGCCUAGUAAUCGCUAACCCCAUCUCUGCAGGGUUCUAGUUCCUGCUGUGUCUCUAGAAUGUUCCGCAGUGAUUGGUAGUGACCGGCAGGCGUGAAUCCAUGCCGAAUUUUGGGCGUUUCGCCGCCGGUGAAUAAAUUUGCCGUGAAAAUUCGCCCCAUUUUGAUGCCGGCGAAUUGUCACUGGUGUCAAAAACGCUGGUUUGUGGACUUUUUGGGAAUUUUUCGGGACAUUCACGAAAUUCACGGCGAAGCGAAACGGAACAAAUUUGCCCAUCACUAGUCAUUGGCCAAAAACAAUGGUCGUUGCUGCAACAGAUCAUCAAUCUAUCAAACUUGCACUAAAUAGCUGGCAUUUAAAGGGACAGUUCCUUACAUAAACAACAAACACAUUUAUACAUAUAAACACACACACACGCAGCGACAGCCGAGCCUCUUACUGGAAUCAGAACAGAAAUGGUCCGUUUAUCCUUUAUAAUUGCUGCCCCACGGCAUUCUGGGUCCUGUGCAUUUUCUGGUCUUUGUUUUUUCAAGAUAUGAGAAAGCCCAGACCCAGGAUGCCUUGCUGUACAGGGUGUUAAAAUCCUAAUUCCCAGAAUCCUGUGCGGUAUACACCUAGUCCCAGGAUCCCUUGCUGUACAUGGGGUUGGAAGCCUGGUCCCAGAAUUCCUUGCUGUAGAAGGGGUGACAUGCCCAGUACUGGUCUGGGAAUUUGCUACUUUAUAUUUUUAUCAGUGACAUUUUUUUUUGACCUUCGGGGGUCAGUGUAAUUAUUGAUCAUUGUAAAUAUAUAGUGAUUUCCCUCUCGGAAUGAAAAGAAGAGGCGGAGUCUCCCUGCAGAACUCUCCCCAGUCCCCAAGGCUUUUAGGAAAGUCAUAGACACAAGUGCAUGAAAUGGAAUUUUUUGGAUUCUGGGUUUGUACUAGUCACAAUGGAAUUCUUUCUGCCACAGAUAUCAGUGUGAAUGCAGGAUUUGGGGAGAAUUCACAAAAAUGGUAAAUUUGGGUUUAAAUUUGAAUAAAUUGUGAAUUUAUGCCAAAAUUGCACCAAUGCGACCCCAUUUUUUUGAUUGUCUGUGAUCAUUCAGUCAUUUCUCACUCCAAUCUCAUCUUACUCCACUUUUAUGAAUCCCACCCCCAUGAUGUAUAAAUGAUGUGCAGAAUAUGAGCAAACUGACAUUUCCUUACGGAGUGAGAUUUUUGAAAUCUUUGAAAAAAAAUUGUAAAAUGUUUAAAAAUAUAUAAUUUUUCUGCUCUAAACCAACAAUUUUGCAAAAACGUCUUUAAAAGUGGGCGUGACUAUGUGAGUGUUGUAGGUACAACUUUUUUGAGAGUUGGCCGUACCCUCAACAUUUUUUUUUUAAUGCCAAAUUAUCUCACCCUAAUCGAAAUUUCAUGUUAAAUAUUGAUCACUUCAUUUGGUUAAAGUCUGUAUAGAGAAAAAAAAAAAUGAUCACACAAAAUUUUAAUUUUUUUAAAAAAUUUGCUGGCUUUUCAACAAAUUUUUAAAGAUAUAAAAUAGCCUCUGUGAUUUUGUCAUACUUUAACAAUUUUUGCCGAAAAUUCAAGACCUAUGUACUUCCUGAUUUUUUUUUUUAUUCUUUUUUUAUUUUUUACUCCAGUUUCUGUUGCACUUUUGUGAGUUGCCUCCUGGGGCAAACGUGGCAUUAAAUUUGUUUAGGCCAGAGAAACAAAUGUGGGUGAUACUAUUAUAUAUUUGGGAGUGACACAAUUUCACCAGUCUUUCUUAAUUUAGCCCAAAUUCAGCCAAUGCUGUCAGGAAUGCCGGUCCAACCCCAAACUGUACAGAACCGCAGUGUUCAUGAAAUUGAGACUUUUGCGGAUUUAAUAAAUAACUUCUUGCUUGAGUUUUGCGUAAUUUUUGUGAAUUCGCACAAAUUUUGGCAAAGUAACAAAAAUCUCCCCCCAUUUCAUGUUGUUUGGUAGACUUCGGCAUUAAACAUUCUUUUGUCUGUGAAAUGGAAGAAUCCUUGUGACUGUGAAAUGAGUGGGAGGGGCAGGGAGACCGGUCUGUAUUCCCGCGGCUGUGAUUCCGGUUCCAAGGGGGAAUUCCUUCCUUGCAAUGAAUAUUUUCCAUCUUGUGACGGUUCUGCAUGGGCUCAGGGUUUUGUUUCCAUCCUGCGGCGCAGACUUUAUUUGUUUGCUUUGUACUGUGUAUUGGGAAAAGAUUUAACCCCUUGUUAGACCAGAGGGUGCAACGCCUAGAAAUGCACUGUGGCUCCACCUAGCCUGACGCAUGUAAAUAACACAGCGCAACAGUCUCGCUUUGGGGCUUAUUAUUGUUUUUGCUCACACAAUGAAAAGGCCAUGUACAAAUAGUCUUGCUUAAAGGGAUCUGCAUCUACCGGGUUGGACUGGGGCAUCGGGGCCCACCAGGACCACAACUUCAAGGGCCCUCAAUGUGAUGAGUCCAAACUCAUGCCCCUCCCCCCCGAUCACCACUGUCUGUGAUCAGGGGAGAGGGAACAGUGCAGGUGGAUGAGCGGGCGGGGCCCAAGAAGGCCGGGGCCCAAUGGGGUUUUUCCCAGGAUCUUUGGGGUGCGACCAUGAACUUGGCCAAUCCUGGUGCGAGGGAGUGGUCCCUUUAAGCAGAAUUGCCAAACAAUGUCAAUAAGUGAGCCAGUAAGGGGUAUAAAAGGCCAAGGCACCCUAAUUAUUUCCCUUUAAAAGACAGCACAGUAUAAGUCUAUACAGAGGGGUACAGGGGGUACUGCAGUCAGGAACCCCAUGGAAAAAGGGGCGCCCCUCAAUGGAUUUUGUGAAAGGGGCAGGGCUUACAGGCAGUGGGCGCAUUUGGGAGCUCAUGGGUGAUAAAUUAGCGUGUUCAUUAGGGGCCCCAUCUUACUUGUUGGCAGGGCCCAUCACCGAGGAUGGCAGGGGACCAGGUGCUUAAAACUGGAACCCCCUUGGAGGACAGCCCCAGAUUACUUAGUAGUAUGUUGCCCCAUAAUUACAGCUGAGUGUGUAGGUUAUUGUGUUCAUUGUCCCAGACAGGGGCCACAGGGGCCAGAUGAAAGAAGAAUGCCAGAGCCAAGAGGUUAGAGGCAAAGGGUGCCUUCUCUUUGUAACCACUUGGUGGCAGUAUUUGGGGCAAUGCUCAUUGCCUCAUCAAGCAUUAUGGCAGCUCCCACUUGCCUGGCUUUACUAGUGAUGAUGAGCCCGACUUGUUUACAGGGGACACAGACUGCCCAGGGGUCCCUGUGGGCGGGGGGUUUCUUUGGAGGCGGGGCAUGUUUCUUUGGUGUCACAUGACAAUAAGCAGUGUUAUUACAAUCUGAAUGUGUUUGUGAUAUACUAUUUUCUAUGUGUAUAGAGACUACUGAGACAAAG